AUUUUGCCAUUUAGCUGAGAUCUAGACUUGCCCCAGCUAGAAGAUCAAUUAGUAAUGCAUCCCAUUCGAGGUCUGGUCUUAUCCCUUCCUCCAAUUGCCUGGCAAGUGACUUGAAGCUAAGCCUCUUUUUCUACAACAACUUGACCAUUUUGCGCCGCCCCUUUCCUUUCUUUCUCCUUACAAGGUUCACUCAAUUUAAGUCUUUGUUGACUUAUUCUCCCGUUUUUCCUCUCCGAAAGUUGCAUUUGGCGAAACGGCCAGGAUUUGGUUCCUGAUUCAAAUGGGGGACCCCAUGGAAUUAGACUUUUCGCCUACCAGAGGCAUGAAACGAAAAGCAGAGGACAGCACCUCCAUUCUUGAACGACAACCAAAGAUGCAGCAACCCGCAGGUGGCGAAAUGCUCAAAAGCACUUGGAACUCCGACGCCGAAUCCUCCUCAUUUCGGAAAUUUGCCCAAAAAUCUUCCAGUCUGCCCUUUGGUCAGCCAAUUGACUACUCCUCGAUCAACGGACCUACCUACCUUACUGCCCAAACUCUGAUCCAACAAGUUGCAUACGCCCUCUCCGAUAAGAUCUUCUCAUACUCCACUGAGUCCUUCGAUCUCGAUGUUGCUGUUCAGGAUUGGUCUGCUUCAAAUACACCGAAUUCCCAUGGAUAUAUUACCCGGGUUGUUCCUAUGCAGACACGAUCUGGCGCGGGUUCAAUUGCUCUAGGGUACAUGUUUUCGAAGGAUUAUGAUCUUGCGAAGAGAUAUAUUCCUCAAUCAGUUCUGGCCUCUUCCUCCAGCUUGCAUACCUUGCGUGCAGCAUUGGAUCAACUCUCUCUCCUGUACUCCAUCGCAAAUCCAUUUGUUGCUCAUGUAGCAGCAGUCGAUUAUGCACCAGGGUCAUCUCGCGGACUUGUCACGGAUUAUGCGUCUGCUUUGACUAUGGCAGAGGAGUUGGGCCUUGGACUUGUUGCCAGCUCAUCUGCAUACGAGGUCCAGCACAUGUCACUGUUCUCGACAAUCCUCGCCACUGUCUUGCCCACCAUUCACAUUUAUGAUGGUGUAAACGUCGGACGUGAUACUCUGCGAGUUGUCGAUGUUCUGAACCAAAGAGGCUUGAACACCGCAUAUACCAACGUACUGAAGGAACUUUCCAAGCUAAGCAAGAGGUCGGACGCUGAAACCAAAGCUGCUCACUUGUUGAAUGCAUUUAAUAACGAGCUUGGCACCGCCUACAAUCUUUUUGAGUAUCGUGGCCACAACAGCCCUGAAGUAGUUUUGGUCGUCUUCGGCAGUGUUGAGAGUUCGCUCGCAGGCCAGGUCGCAGAGAAGCUUUCUGUUGAAGGAAACAAAGUCGGGGUGGUCAACGUCCGGGUGUAUAGACCUUUUGUGGAAGAAGAAUUCCUGAAGGCACUUCCUGCCUCCGUCCGACACAUUGGGGUCCUGGGCCAGGUCCUUGACCCGACUACGGUUGCGGACAAGUCUGCACACUCCAGCCUCUUCGAAGAUGUCCUGGCUGCUACCGUUUUCGCCGAUAGGUGGGCAACCCCACCAUCUGUUGUUGACUUGAAGUACUCUCGUGGCGAAACAUUCACACCAACAUCAAUGGCGACGAUUUUGCAUGAAUUAGUUGGAAAGGUACCCGAAGAUGGUGAACGAUUUGUACUUCUCGAUACUUCUCACAUCAAGCAGUUUACUUUCUGGGAUGUGGAAGAUUCUGCAGCCUCCACUGCUCCAUCUGCUAUCGGCAAGCUAUUGUCAGGAGAUUCUGCCAGCAAUGUCACAAUCAGCCAGACACACGACAACUUCAUCCAAGGUGGAACUGUUAGGAUAGACAUCCGCAACUCGAAGAAGUCGGUCGAGGCUUAUUACCCUAUUGAAGAAUCGGAUAUUGCUUUUGUUGGCGAAGAAAAGCUUCUUAAAGAGAUCGCUAUUCUGAAGAGCAUUAAGAACGGUGGCAAACUCAUUGUGAAGCUUCCGGGAGUCAAGGAUGAGGAUUUAGAAAAGAAGUUGCCGGCAUCUGUGCGAAACGAGAUCAAGUUUAAGGGAAUUCAGCUGUUCCUCCUGGAUCCGACAUUAACACCUGCUGUUGAGAAAGAUCCUGCCGUUGAAACUCUUGUCACGGAACUGGCAUUCAUCCAACUUACUCGACCUGAACUCUUCUUGUCUGGGAUGAAGAAGCUCGCGUCUAUCAAUGCAAACGUUGAUCUACUGAAUGAUGCUGCAGCUGAUUUCGACAAUGUUCUUCGCCAAGUCGAGAUCCCGGAGGCAUGGGCUGAAGUCGAUGUUGAAGCACAAGUUCCGGACCUUCCACGAACUAUCACGCCGAGCAGCUUCACGGGUUUCGAGAAGGAAGAGACUGCGCCGCCAUCUCUCCUCCGCAACUGGGAAUCAGCUGCCAAGGGUCUUGUGUUCAAAGAGGCAUAUGGUACCAAGACAAGUCUUCGGCCUGACCUUUCUGUCAAGACUUUCGAGGUUACUGUCAAGGAGAAUCGCCGACUCACACCUUUGACCUACGAUCGAAACAUCUUCCACAUCGAAUUUGACCUUGGUAAUUCUGGCCUCACGUACAACAUUGGCGAAGCUCUCGGUAUUCACGCAGAGAAUGAUGUCAACGAGGUUAUUGAGUUUAUGGAAUUUUACGGACUCAACCCCGAUGAGAUCGUCGAGGUACCAUCUCGAGAAGAUCCAAAUGUUCUUGACACUAGAACGGUCUUCCAGUCUCUGGUGCAAAACAUUGACAUCUUUGGAAAACCACCCAAGAGAUUCUACGAAGCUCUGGCUGAGUUUGCAAGCGACGAAAAUGAGAAAAAAGAACUCCUCACCCUCGGUGGUCCAGAGGGAGCCAACGAAUUCAAGCGUCGAGCGGAAGUCGACACCAUCACAUUCGCUGACAUUCUCCUCGAAUUCAAAUCUGCUCACCCAAGCUUCCACGAAAUUGCACGAAUCGUCAGCCCGAUGAAGAGAAGAGAGUACUCCAUUGCAUCCAGCCAAAUGGUCAACCCUACCACCGUCGCACUUAUGAUCGUCGUCGUUUCCUGGGUCGAUCCCAAAGGCCGUGACCGCUUCGGACAAGCAACCAAAUACUUAAGCAAGCUCCCCAUCGGCGCCAAAGUAACUACCAGUGUCAAGCCCUCCGUCAUGAAGCUCCCAGCCAAAGACACCGCACCACUCAUCAUGGCCGGUCUGGGCACUGGUCUCGCUCCUUUCCGUGCUUUCGUCCAGUACCGCGCCAUGCAAAAGGCUCAGGGCAAGGAAAUCGGCUCCAUCCUCUUGUAUAUGGGUUCUCGUCACCAACGCGAAGAAUAUUUGUACGGUGAGGAAUGGGAAGCCUACCAAGACGCCGGAGUCAUCACCCUUCUCGGUCGUGCCUUCUCCCGCGACCAGCCGCAGAAGAUCUACAUCCAAGACCGCAUGCGCCAAACGAUUUCCGAUAUCAUCAAGGCGUACAUCAAAGAGGAAGGAGCAUUCUACCUAUGCGGUCCUACGUGGCCGGUUCCCGAUGUCACGGAGGUGCUGGAGGAGGCGAUUGCGAGGGAUGCGAAGGGGACUGGUAAGAAGAUUGAUCCGAGGAAGGAGAUCGAGAGGUUGAAGGAGGAUCUGAGAUAUGUACUUGAGGUUUAUUAA